AUGGAAAAUAAUAAUAAUAAACAAAAUGUUAAAAAUAGAAAUAAUUUAAAAAUAAAAUUUAAGGAAGAUUUCUGCAAUGACUCCACAGAAGUUGAACAACAACCACCUUCUAAUUUGUCUUCUCCAACUUCAUAUAUUCAAGGAAAUAAACUUUAUUUUAAUUUUUACGACAAUAUUAGUAAUAAUGUCUCAAAUAAUUAUAGCUAUAAUUGUAACAAUAAAAAUAAUAAUAAUAAUAAUAAUAAAAAUGACAAUGGAAACUAUUAUUUCUUUAACAGUGAAAAUAUUUUAAAAAAUAAUCUCCAACAAAAUGAAACAAAAAAUAGUUGCCAUCAUUUAAAUCAAUCUUAUAAUAAAAUUGAAUUCCAAAAUAAUUAUCAAUCUGAUUAUCAAUCAGAUAAUCAAUCUGAUUGUCAAUCUGAUAAUCAAUCAGAUAAUCAAUCAGAUAAUCAAAGUGAAAUUCAAAAUAAUAAAGAUGGGAAUGAAUCUGUUGUACCACCCAAAGUUAAAAAAACAAGAUCAAGAAAAACCAAAGAACAUAAAGAUCAACUUGAAAAUUUGUUUAAUUCUAAUCCAUUUCCAGAUGCAAUUGAAAAGGAAAUUAUUGCCUAUCAAUUUGAUAUGUCUGUUGAACAAAUAGUAACUUGGUUCAAACAUAAAAGAGAAAAUCUUAAAAAAGCUCAACAUUUGGAAUAUAAACAAAAUUCAACCAAGAAAUUCACCAAAACAACAAAGGAGCUCUAUGUCUACUUUGAAAAUUAUCCUUUCCCUCAAGAGGAGAGAGUUGAAUAUUUUGCAAAGUCAUAUCAUACUUCCAAUGAAAAAAUUUUAAAUUGGUUCUCCAAAAAAAGAUAUAGCUUAAGAAAAACUCAUUCUUUUAUAUAUGACAAAGGAUGUGGCUUAUAUAAAUAUGAAAAUUCAAAUUUUAAUUUUUGUUCACAUUUUCCAGAGAAAAAAUUUGAUAUUAAUUUUAUAAAUAACUAA